UAUUUCUUCUGUGUCUUCGACCCAAAGAGUCAACUCACUGGAGAGCAACAAAGACUCAGCUGUGGUUCUAACAAUCAGAGGCAGCUCCAGUCCUCGGUCCAGUCCUGUCUUUGUCUCUCAGGACCAGACAUGGGUCUCCGGUGAGUCUUCAAUCCUGGGCUGCCGUCAUGGGCACUGCAUCCUCUCUGGUCAGCCCAGGAGAAGUGAUUGAAGAUGGCUACGGAGGUGAGGGGGGGGAGGCCUGUGAGAUCCCGGUGGAGGUGAAACCCAAGGCCAGACUCCUUCGCAGUUCCUUCCGUAGAGGACCCCGGGUGAUUGGAGCCAGCUUCAAGUCCACCGGUUCCGUGGACCUGGAGUAUGCUGCGGAAUACGAGAGGCUACGGAAAGAAUAUGAAAUAUUUCGUGUGAGCAAGAACAACGAGAUAUCGUCCAUGCAAAAGAAGGAAGCCAAACUGGAUGAGGAAAACAAGAGGCUACGAGCGGAACUGCAGGCUCUGCAGAAAACCUACCAGAAGAUCCUUCGGGAAAAAGAGAGCGCUCUGGAAGCCAAGUAUCAGGCCAUGGAGAGAGCCUCCACCUUCGAACACGACAGAGACAAAGUCAAACGACAGUUUAAGAUAUUCCGAGAGACAAAAGAGAAGGAGAUCCAGGAUCUUCUUCGUGCCAAAAGAGAUCUGGAAUCUAAACUGCAGCAGCUGCAGGCUCAGGGAAUUCAGGUGUACGACCCCAACGACUCGGACUCCGAUGACGAUCAGACCACUGUUACUGCUGCGGGGACACAGUGUGAGUACUGGACUGGCGGCGCCCUAGGAAGUGAGCCCUCUAUGGGCAGCAUGAUGCAGUUGCAGCAAACCUUUCGGGGCCCAGAGUUUGCCCACAGUCUGAUCGACGUGGAAGGACCGUUUGCAAACGUGAGCAGAGAUGACUGGGAUGCUGCAGUGGCCACUCUGCUCCAGGUCGCCCCCCACGUCCCUCAGGCCUUGUGGAGUAACACAGUCCGCUGCUACUGGAUCUUCACCCAGGAGACCAAGGCUGAGAUGGACGUUUUCACUGAGAAACACUCUGCCGUGUUACGGCGGCUGUGUGAGGCUCUGGGCCACUUCUACCUGAACGUGUGUUUCCAGGAGGAAACCGCCGACUCGUACGUUGUGGAGCGUAAGCAGGAGAUCGAGCGCAGCUCCGUGUGUGUGCUGCUUCUGAAGUCUACGGUGUCCAGCUCUGUAGUGGAGGACUGUGAGGAGGCCUUUGUGAAGAACCCAGAAGGGCACCCCCUGGUGCUCUACCUCAGGACUGAAGAUGACCAGGGUCUGACCGGGGCCACCAGGCAGAUCCUGGAGAGGAUCAACGCUGCAGACAAGGCCGGGAAAAUCAAGGUGGUGGACCACGGUGGUUCUGCUGAGGACGGAGCUGCGCUCAUUUUCACGCAGCUGGAGAAGAUGAUCAAACAGGAACUGCUGGGCCUGGAAGGAGCUGACGUGGACUCCAAGGACUCCGGGUUGGAGGAGGGACGAGAGGAAGACUCUGGAGACGUUCUGUGGGACCUGCAUGAUGAACAGGAACAGAUCGAAGCGUAUCAGCAGGCCUGCAGCAGCACCGCCGCUCAGCUGGGCUUCCAGAGGUACAUAGACCGUUUGAAUGACAUGAUAGCUGCCCCCCCUCCGACCCCUCCCUUGCUGGUGUCUGGUGGUCCUGGUUCUGGAAAAUCUCUCCUGCUCUCCAAAUGGAUGGAGCUGCAGCAGAAACAGUCUCCCAACACUCUGUUCCUCUACCACUUCGUGGGUCGUCCUCUGUCCAGCAGCUCCGAGCCCGUUCUCAUCAUCAAACGCCUCACUGUGAAACUGCUGCAGCAUUUCUGGUCCAUCUCUGGUCUGUCCAUGGAGCCCAGUAAGAUCCUGGAGGAGUUUCCUCGCUGGCUCGAAAGACUUUCAGCGCGACAUCAAGGCAACAUCAUCAUCAUCAUCGACUCCAUCGACCAAAUCCAACAGGCAGAGCGACACAUGAAGUGGCUGAUCGACCCGCUGCCCGUCAACGUCAGAGUGGUGGUGUCGGUCAACGUGGAGACCUGUCCACAGGCCUGGAGGUUGUGGCCCACACUCCACCUGGAUCCUCUGAGUCCCAGAGAGGUCCGCAGCAUCGUCAACGCCGAAUGUCAGAGCAUCGACCUGAAACUGAGCAGAGACCAUGAGAAGAAACUGGAAAGGCACUGUCGCUCGGCAACCACCUGUAAUGCACUGUACGUCACGCUGUUGUCCAGGAUGAUCAUCAGCAGACCCUGCUGGUCACAAGAGAAGAGCAUGGAGCAGUUUCUGCAGUGUAUGGACACCAUGUCACUGUAUCGCCUGGCCCUCAAGGUGGCGCUAAGCUCCCUCAGCAAAGACCGGGAGCGUCAUAUCAUGAGAGAGAUUCUGUGUCUUGCUUGUGCCAGUCAUAACGGAGUGAGUGAGUCCGAGGUCCUGGAUCUGUUCCCGGACCUGGACUUACCGGCGCUGUCGUCCAUGCUGCUGCGUCUGAGCCGACUGUGCGUGGUCACCCUGCGCUGCGGCCUCAUCAGGUUCCUGCACCUGCAGGCCUGGGAGGCUGUGAGGCUGGAGUUUCUGGGUGGAGGAAGCAACACCGCCACCUACAGGGAGAAACUGGUCCAUUACUUCAGCCAACAACUGAGCCAGGACUGCGUGACGUGGCGUGUGGCAGAUGAGCUCCCCUGGUUGCUGCAGCAGCAGGAGGACCGCUCCAAACUCCAGCUCAGCCUCCUCAACCUCUUUGUUUCCCAGAAUCUCUACAAACGGGGUCACUUCUCUGAGUUGCUGGCCUACUGGCAGUACGUUGGUAAAGACAAGAGCUCCAUGGCCAGUGAGUACUUCGACUCUCUGAAACACUACGAGAAGAGCUGUGAGAGCGAAGACGGCAUGACCCGGUUGGCAAACCUGUACGAGACUCUGGGACGCUUCCUCAAAGACCUGGGCCUCCCCAGUCAGGCUGUAGCCCCUCUGCAGAGGUCCCUGGAGAUCAGAGAGACGGCCCUGGACCCAGAUCAUCCCAGCGUGGCCCGCUCCCUCCACCAGCUGGCCGGCGUCUACGUCCAGUGGAAGAAGUACGGAAACGCGGAGCAGCUGUACAAACAGGCCCUGGAGAUCAGCGAGAACGCCUACGGUGGCGAGCACGCCAGCGUGGCCCGAGAGCUGGAGUCGCUCACCGUGUUGUACCAGAAACAGAACAAGUACGAACAGGCAGAACGGCUGAGGAAGAGGUCGGUGAAGAUUCGUCAGAAGACUGCUCGUCAGAAGGGUCACAUGUACGGCUUCACUCUGUUGAGGCGCCGAGCGCUGCAGCUGGAGGAGCUGACGUUGGGGACAGAUUCUGCGGACUGUGCCAGAACCCUGAAUGAGCUGGGGGUUCUGUACUACCUCCAGAACAACCUGGACGCAGCCAAGGUGUUUCUGAGCCGCUCUCUGGAGAUGCGUCAGCGAGUCCUUGGUCCAGAUCAUCCAGACUGCGCUCAGUCCCUCAACAACCUGGCCGCGCUGCACACCGAGAGGAGGGAGUACGAGACGGCCGAGGACAUGUACGAGAGGGCGCUGGACAUCCGGAAGAGGGCCUUGUCUCCGGACCACCCCUCGCUGGCCUACACGCUCAAGCACCUGGCCAUGCUGUACAAGCGCAGAGGGCGGCUGGAGAAGGCGGUGCCGCUGUAUGAACUGUCUCUGGACAUCAGGGAAAAAAGUUUUGGACCCAAACAUCCCAGUGUGGCCACAGCUCUGGUCAACCUGGCUGUGAUCUACUGUCAGAUGAAGAAACACAGCGAGGCGCUGCCUCUGUACGAACGCGCUCUGAGAGUGUACGAGGACAGUUUGGGCCGAUCGCACCCCAGGGUCGGAGAGACCCUGAAGAACCUGGCCGUGCUCAGCUAUGAACGAGGAGACUUCGAGAAGGCAGCCGAGCUCUACAAACGAGCCAUGGAGAUAAAGGAGGCGGAGCCGUCGCUGGUGUGUGGUAACGCCCCGUCACGCCACUCCUCCAGCGGAGACACCUUCAGUCUGAGGGGCCCUGCUCCGGUCUCACAUGUCCAGAGGUGACGAGUUUAAAUUCCUAACACCUGGGGGUUCUGGGAGUUUUCUAAUUCACCCACUCCUUACAUCAGGGGUCUCAAACUUCUGCCCCCCCCCACAACAAAACAAGUAAUAAGAAAAAUGAAGGGAGGAUUAUUCCAGAUUGGUAAUCCCACUGUAUUAAUCUGUGAAGUCAGUGUUGAGACUCAGGUUUACUCAGUUAUUUUGUCUUUGACUAACACACGCACACACACACACACAGUUUAACAUGUUGUUCUUAUUUAAUGUUAUUAUUGUUAUUAUAAUAUUAGCAGAAAAAAAAACACAUUUCCUUCCAAACGGACCAGUGUGAAGUUCUUUUGAAGAUAAAUACUUCAAAAGUUGAAGUUUUUUAACCAGUGAUGUCAUUUAUAUUUACCCACUAGUGUCAAUCUUAUUAACUGACUGAAAGUCCAUUUUUUUCACUGCCAAAUAUAUCCUGAACAUGUAUUUUUUUUUAAAACAUACGACUGUGAUUUACUUAAAUGUCUGUGUAUAAAAAUGGACAGGGACCAAAAACAAACCAGUAUUUUGAAUAUCGUAUUCAUUUUAAUAAAUAUUUUAUCAGCAGAAAAUUAAA